AUGAACGCCGCAAAACUUCAGCCAGUUCGAGCAUCCGCUAGCUCCACCUGGGCAAUCGUGGGUGUGGUGUUGUUACUGCUGAAUGGAGUUCGCCGUUGUCUGCCUGUGGCCUUGCAGCCUUUCUCGCAAGGUUUGGGGCCUGCAGGUUGGUGCGCGUAUGUUUUGUCUGGUCUUUUCUUCAUAUAUGCGGAGGGGUACCGUGGCUUCCAACAGAAGUUCUCACCAUUGGUGGUACGGCGAGCACUGUUGCUGGACGGGCAGCAGCCUGUCGUCCGACAGGUGCUUGCACCUGCAUAUGCCAUGGCUUUCUUCCACGCGCACAGGAAACGCAAGGUGGUGUCCUGGGCACUGAUAGCGGGAAUCAUGAUCAUCGUUGCCAUUGUCAAGAAACUACCUUAUCCCUACCGAGCAAUUUUGGAUGCGGGAGUAUGCGCUGGCUUGUCCUGGGGCAUGGGUGCCUGCCUCAAGAACCAUGAUUCGUUCAUGGACGUUGUCGCCGUCUGCAACACCAAACGAGGGAGGCAUCACCUGGACUUUAAUGCGCACCUGCAUGACCGCUUUGCUGGCCAACGGUUCGUGCAGGCCGUGCUGCGUUUCUCUGACCUCGCCCACUCCAUUCCACUCCACCCUGGUCUGCAGGUGAAAGCGGAGCCCGGUUGCUUUGUUGCGUUCUCCUACAGCACCUGCAAAGAGGUCAUGAGUGACCAUGCAUCCUUCAGUUCGAAUCCUUUCCCGGACGGACGUCUUGUGGCGCUGAACACGAUGGGCAAGGCAGACCAUUCCCGCGUCCUGCGUUAUGUGCACAAGCACUACACACAGGAUGAGGUGAAGGGAAUCCAAGACAAGAUUCAGAAGGUCAUAGAGGUGCACACCGAACAGCUUUCUGCCGGCGAGGUGGAUGUUGCUCGCUGGGCCAAGCGCAUCCAUAUGUCCAGCACGUUGCUACGUCUGGGCUUGGACCUGGCAAGCUAUGGACGCGAUGCAUUGGACGAGGUCAUAGACCUCAAUGAUGCCAUGGUUGCUUUGGUGGCCCCUCUUGGGGGAGUAGGUCUGAAGUACGAAACCCUCCCUUGGAACUGGUGGCUCUGGGUUCUUGUAGGCCUGGUGCGCAGCUUCGUGCCCGUGCUCCGCAUGGCUUUUCAGCUUGGUGUGAGGACAACUUGGCAGAUCAUCAGGCCAGAUAUCACGAUACUCAUGCCACCCAAGCGACCGCGUAUGGGCUUGUGGUGGCAUCCACACCUCCUGCCCUUGGUUCCAAGGUACUUUCUUUUGCUUCACGGCCUGCUUGUUAAGGGCGCCUCUGACGGCUUGCUGGCAGACUUGCAUAGGGGUGUUGCCACGGGUGACCUGGCGUUAGCAGAAUGCCUCACGCUUAUGGUACAGCUUAUGGUCAACAUGACAUCCGCCAAUUCUUUAUGCUCGCUGGUUUUUCGGCUUGCAACAGAGAAGGCAGCCUUCCAGCAGGUUUCGGAGGACUCCUCUGGAGCUGCAGACAGCUUUAUUCAAGAGGUCCUGCGGCUGGAUGCUCCGCUUCAACGAAAUCCUCGCAGAUGCGCGAAAGUUAGUGCCAAGUGGGCAGGGGGAUGCACGCCAUUCGAGGGUGACCAGGUUCUCCUUUUCUUAGGAGCCGCCAACAUGGAUCCGGCAGUGUAUAAGGAUGCGCAGCUCUUCAGGCUUGACCGCCAUGACGAGCCCCCGCCGCUUACAUUCGGAAGUGGGAUGCACUACUGCCUUGGGAGCAGUUUGGUCAAGCUGGAACUGCGCUUGGCGCUGCGGCACCUGUGCACCUGCUUCAGAUGCAUAGAGGUGGAUGGCGACUUUGAGCGGAUUGCAGACGUGGAUGUUGGCAACUGGGGCUUUCGGCGUCUCAAAGCUCGCUUGGUCGCAGUGUGA